GUUGUGUCCUCCUCUGGUUCCUGGAUCCAGCUACAGGAGUCCGUCUGCCAGUAAGAUGAGGUUGCUACAACACUGACCGACAACACGUCUCACACACUGGAUCACAGUAACCUGUAUGCAACACACUCCUGCAGACCAAGAUGCGUGGAUCUGCCCUGUCUCGGUGGCUGAUGCUGUGUCUGCAGCUAUUGGGGAUGGUGAUUUUCAGGACACAAGGUGAGGUCAUCGCCCCCUCCAGCAUGACCGCUGUGGCGGGCCUCCCCUUCACGCUGGGCUGUAACGUCACCAUAGCAACUGGCGACACUGUCAAGCAGGUCCGCUGGCUGAACAAACACAAGCAGGUUCUCUUGGCGUACGAGCCGGGCGAGUCGGUUAGAACCACCUCCCGCCAAGACAACGUGGAGCUAACUUCAUCGCACAACAACGUCAGCGCCAUCACCAUCAAGAGUGCGGGGCCUAACGACGAGGGCUGCUACCACUGCAUCUUUGACAUCUACCCCAGCGGAGCACAGGAGGGAAAGACCUGCCUCAGUAUCGAAGUCAAAGUGGGCAACGAGGGUAAUAAAACAGCCAUCAGCGGGAAGCUGGCCACCAUGUCCUGCUGGUACGGCCUCCCAGACAGGGUACGCCAGAUCCUGUGGAGAAAGACUGCAGAGCAGGGCGACACGACCACGUUGGCCUCCUUUGCCAAGCGAGGCCAACCCAGCAUUGAGGAACCUUAUCGGGGACGUAUGACCCUGAACCCCUCCCUGGGAGACACCCAGCUGUCCAUCAGGCCGGUGAAGACGGAGGACGAGGGCUGCUACACCUGCGAGUUCCACACCUACCCAGAAGGCACCAGGAGCGCCACGGCCUGCCUCUUUGUCUAUGUGCUGCCCAACCCAGAGAUCACCCACGUGACCUCCAGUGGGGUCAUCGAGGCCAACUGCACGGCCGCAGCCCGUCCUGCAGCCCAGAUGGUAUGGAAUGUGGAGGGGGACAAUCGGACGCUAGGGCCGUCCGUGUCCUCGUCUUACGACCAGGGGGACGGCACCACCCUGGUCACCAGCACCCUCCUCCUCCAGGAGGGCCUGCCCCACGACCUGUCUGUCAAAUGCAUGGUGCACCACCGAGGCCUGGACUCGCCCAUGUCCGUCAACCUCAAUGUUGGUCCGGCCCUCACUACUAUCAUCUCAGUAUCCUGUGUGGCAGCCCUGCUCCUGUGCUGUCUGUGUGUGUGCCUCUGCAAGUGCUUCCUGUGCCGAGACG